AAUGACGUUUGGCACAGCCACAAUAUGUUGCACAAAACGAAUCAUCCAACCUCUCAAUCCCUUUCAAACAGCGCCUCUCAUUACAGGCCAUGGCAGCACCCCAACAGAGUGUCAGCGAAGACAUGGGCCAACGGAAAACUCCCAGUCCCAGCGCGUCCUCAUCUACCACUUAUUAUCAACCUGAAAAUCCAAUGGAAACCAUCCCAACGGACGGUUUCAACGUGCAUCGAGGGGAGUAUAUCCCCAACACGCCAUUGGCGGCGUCUCUCGUCUCGGUGCUUCUUGGUAUAACCUUUUCGCUGGGAUGUAUGCUGUUCUUCAACCCGAAUGGCUUUCUCGAAAGUCUGGUCAGCAGCCGCGAGUUGCAAGAUCGGUGGAGCCUGCUUGGGUUCUUCUUCGCAGCUUGGGCAGCGUUUCAUUGGGGAGAGUAUGCAGUAACUGCAGGAUGGAACAGGAAAAGAUGUAGUGUUGACUCUUUUCUGUUGGAAAACGGGAGAGAGUAUCACAUCGCUCAUGGUGCAGCAGUAAUAGAAUUCAUUCUCACUAUGCUGCUAGCUCCGGGCUGCAAAAGACAUACAAUCAUUUCAUACUUUGGGAUACUUCUUACCCUGUUCGGGCAGUGGUUACGCUCAGCAUCAAUGAUUCACGCCGCAUCAAAUUUCUCGCACCAAGUGGCGACACGCAAAGAGGAAACACAUCGUCUCGUUACAGAUGGCGUAUAUGCAUACUUCCGGCACCCUUCGUAUGCGGGGUUCUUUUACUGGAGCCUUGGAACGCAAAUGGCUCUCCAAAACCCUAUUGCAUUUACUGGAUAUGCCAUGGUCACCUGGCGUUUCUUCAAUCAUCGUAUAAGAGUUGAGGAGCGAUACCUCCUGAAAUUUUUCGGAAAGGAGUAUGAAGAAUACAGUGGCUCGAUAUGGUCUGGGAUACCCUUCAUUUCAGGGUUUGUUCGAACGUAACGGAUCUCAGUCCUUGAUAUGGUCGGAGUAGGCAAAAUAGUUUACGUGCGCGUAAUGUGUAGGUACCAUAUUAAUGCAUAUGACUUGAACAUCAAUGAGCAUAAAGCG